GAGACAUAAACAUUGGCGCUCACAAGCCUGGUGGUGAUGAGAUCAACCCCCCAAAUCAAGCCGGCAUGGGGAGUACCUUUUCCGCACGCACACGAAACAAUAUUAUGCCCGCGACAACCCCAACCAAAUGCAAAAACACACGUUGAGACACAGCACAGAAACCUUGUCUUCCCGACACAAGAUUAUUUGUUCUCAGCGCUGAGCUUAGCCCUCUUGACUUGAUGUCGGUAUCACCAUGAAGGCCAGACUGCCCCAUGUCCUCACCUCCCUCGUAUCAAUCCUGGCACUUUCUUGUCUUGCGACCAGCAUAGAGCACACGACCGAUGAAUUCACUUUCAGUUGUGUCCCCUUGACCACACAACUCUCAGACCCGAUAGUUUCCCCAGGUGGAAUAUCAGAACAUGUCCACGUGGUUGCCGGAGGGACAGCAUUCCAGAGGACAAUGGGCGUCGACACCGCCCGCAACGCCAAAGAGACGACUUGCGGCGUAGCGAUUGAUAAGAGCAAUUACUGGAUCCCACAGUUGUACAAUCAGUUGCAGAAUGGCUCGUUCCAGCUCGUGGAGUAUCAGUCGAGUGCUAUAUAUUAUCUUAACCGAGCGUGUGAGUAUGGAGUUGACGUAACGAGCUGCGAUGCGUUGGAGUAUCCAUUAGCACCACCAGAGGGGUUGAGAAUGGUAGCUGGGGAUCCUGAUCUUCGAUCAUACAAUGACUCUGAUUUGGCUCAGAAAGCCAUAUCGCAUAUGUGCAUAGAGUAUGACGGUAGCUCCAACGAAACAAAGCAUUUCCCACGACAACCUUGCCAAACCGUGCGGUCGCAGGUCUUUAUGCCUUCCUGCUGGGAUGGUAAAAACCUCGAUAGUGCGGAUCACAAAAGCCAUAUGGCAUAUCCAGCGGUCGGCGAUUAUAACAAAGGCGUCUGUCCUGAAUCUCACCCAGUGGCGAUAUACUCAAUCUUUCUGGAGUUUUUCUUCAACACGGCUCCAAUAGGGAGUCGCCAGAGCCUAGUGUACUCCAUGGGUGAUGCAACUGGGUAUGGAUUGCACGGUGACUUCAUCCAUGGCUGGACCGACCAAGCUGCCCUGCAACAAGCUAUGGACACCUGUACGGGGCCCAAAGGAUUAGACGAUCCUGAUUGCUCGGUAACAAGAACCCAGAAGAGGGCCUUGACGCCCCUGUCGCAGCCUUUGGAUGCUGGGGAGCCGAAGGAUGAACUAGGACAGAGUGGGCCUCUUGACGGCUUGCCCGGGGAUAAUCCUGUCAUGUGGUCGGACGAGGCGAAGUGAUAUAACGAAUAGUUGCGAAAGGUUUGACCUCUCCCUCUUGACAUUGAUUGGAGAUAUUGGCAAUUUGGAAAAGGAGGGACAAAGUGAAUAGACGAAUGAACUAAAAUUCAAACAAGGUCAAAAACCACGCCGUCAUGAUAUCCCUCAUGCUGGUGUGUAUUGAAGUGAAGUAUGGAUAAAGCAGUCUCUCACAGAAGGGUGCGACAGUUAGACUCAGUAGCGUAGGCUCGCGCAUCGACAGAGGCAAAGUCGCAGUGAGGACUCUAAUUGCUUCUUUGAUUAGUGCGCAUCAGCUCACUCCGAUUGAGGUAAGUGAUGUAAUGUGAUGGCAAACGAACUUCGCCAACACUGAAUCUCCAAAGCUCGAAAGAUCGCCACACAUCAAUCAACUCAGAUAGCCCAUUCCCUUUCUCCACCACUUCCACACCCCCCGCUGCUCCAUCAGGCCCCCAAAUUCCUUGACUGAGUCAACU